GGCAUAUCACUUUAAUUAAAUAUAUUCAGGUAGGCUGUCGACGGAGAUAAUGUUGUGCGUUAGAGUAUGUGGUCAACUUGGGGUCGUGUUCGUGCAAGGAUACAUUGGGAAUUAAGGUUUUUAAACAAAGUGUCGGCAGAAUCCAAACCAAAAGAGAUGUAUGGAUUUAUCAAUACCUGUUUGAAGUCGCUGGUUGUUGACAAGUUUGGCGAGGAGACAUGGAUGAAGCUCAGAGAUGAGGCCGGGGUUCAAGAUACAUUCUUGACAUAUGAAGUGUACAAAGACGACAUCACCAUGCAACUGGUGGCUGCGGCCUGCAAGCUACUUGAUGUUAAACCAGAGGUGGUGUUGAGACAAUUUGGGGAAUACUUUUUUGACUUUUGUAAACGAUCUGGAUACGACCACAUGCUACGGACUCUGGGAGGGAACCUGUUCGAGUUUAUAGAGAAUCUGGAUGCACUGCACAGCUACCUCGCCCUUUCUUACAAGGAGAUGAACGCGCCAUCAUUUAGAGCGGAGAGGAACGGUGACGGCACGAUGUUUCUUCACUAUUACUCCGACCGCCGAGGCCUAUGCCAAAUUGUACCCGGUAUCAUUGAAGCUGUAGCAAAAGACUUCUUCAACAGCGAGAUAACGAUGGAAAUCGUCAACCAAAUAGAGGAACUAGAGAGGACAGGAAAGAAGGAGCAUGUAGUAUUCCUUGUCACUCAGAAACCGACAUUUUCGAAUGUAAUGUGCAGUAACAAGCUCUCACAAACACCGCCAUGUUUGCCAAGAGGCCCCAGGCGCAACGCAAUGCACUGGAACCCAAACAGGGAGGUAAAAUCCGGGUCAGGACAACAGAUGACCCACAAAUCAUUGGGAUUUUCCAUGUGUCGGAACCACUGGGAGACUGUGAGGGGGUUGGUCCAGCUUGGGAAGGGCAAACUCUUGAGAGGAUUUGAGCCAGUCUACCCGAAGAACCUUUGCAUCGACCUGAAGACAUUUUGCAAUGCCUUUCCCUUCCAUAUAGUGUUCGACAAGGAGCUGAUGGUGAGACAGGCGGGGGUGAACGUCCAGAAGAUCGUCCCCGGGCUGCAGACCAUGAGCAUUCACCUGGAUCAGUACUUCAGUAUCGUCCACCCCGAGGUCACCUUCACCAUCUCCAGCAUCAGGAAGUUCAUCAACAGCCACUUUGUCCUGCAGACGCGACGGGACAUGAUGCCCGAGGCCUGGAGGGAUAGACCCAUGCUGGAGCUCAGAGGUCAGAUGUUGUGGAUGGAGUCUCUGCAGUGCAUGCUGUACCAGGCCUCCCCUUUGCUGCGGAGCCUCCACGAGCUGGAGGAGCGGAGCAUGCACAUCUCUGACAUCGCCCCUCACGACGUCACGCGGGACCUCAUCCUGCUCAACCAGCAGCGGCUGGCCGAGAUGGAGCUCUCCAACCAGCUUGAGAGGAAGAAGGAGGAGCUCCGACACCUGUCCCAGCAUCUGGAGGAGGAGAGGACCAAGACGGAGAACCUGCUGUACGCCAUGCUGCCCAAACAUGUGGCCAACCAGCUGAAGGAGGGGAAGAGAGUGGAAGCAGGAGAGUUCAAGGAGUGCACCAUCCUCUUCAGUGAUGUGGUCACCUUCACCAACAUCUGCUCGGAGUGUGAGCCCAUCCAGAUCGUCAACAUGCUUAACUCCAUGUACCUCAAGUUCGACCGGCUCACCACAGUACACACAGUUUACAAGGUGGAGACCAUAGGUGAUGCCUACAUGGUGGUAGGUGGCGUGCCCAUCCCAGUGUCCAGCCAUGCUGAGAGGGUGGCCAACUUCGCCCUGGGCAUGGUCAUAGCAGCUAGGGAGGUCAUCAACCCCAUCACAGGGGGGCCUAUCCAGAUCCGGGUGGGUGUACACAGCGGGCCAGUUCUAGCUGGUGUGGUGGGGGAGAAGAUGCCUCGGUACUGCCUGUUCGGAGACACAGUAAACACGGCGUCUCGCAUGGAGAGCCACGGCCUCCCCAACAUGAUCCACCUCAGCCCCAGUGUUUACCUGGUUCUGAAAGACAAGGGCUUCAUGAUCCAGGAGCGAGGGGAGAUCGAUGUGAAGGGGAAGGGCAGGAUGUCCACCUACUUCCUGGAAGGGAACCUGACCACCACGGAGCACGAGAUCAUGGGCCGUUCAGUUAAGGAGGCCGACUCGGGCCGUGCAUCUGUACAGUCGGCACGGGACUGCAACACAGAGGCAGCCCUGUACAGACCGGCCAUCCAGAGGGUGCAGAGUGAGGACAGGAAUCCUGUAGUGCCCAUGGAGUAUGGAGACAGCCUGGCCGACCCGCCGCCCUCAGUCCAGCUCACUGAACCCCAGCCAAAAGUCAGAGCCAAGAGCUUCAAAGGAAAACCUCGGGACUCAGAGAGCUACGGCAGUCUCCACAGUGACAACAAGUCAGUGGAGGGAGGUCUCCCCAAAUCAGACCACCAGCUGACCAGAGCAACCUUGUCCCAGAGUCCCACUCCCAUAGAGGCUGAGGCUCCUCAUUCCACCAAACACAUCCGGACCAGUUUCUGUGUGGUCCUCUGAGCUGUUGUAGUACUAUCCAGACUAGUCACUGUAGCCCCGUUUAUACCUGUUGCUAACACAUAUGUCCUUGAUCCUGAUCUUGUCAUCAUUCUGAUUGUGCCCACAUUUUAGCUGUUGCUAUUAAAUAUUAAAAUGUGUCUCUUAUCCUUGUGACCAGAUUUCCUGGUACCUCCAAGUAUGCAAUACAAUAAUUUAAGACACAUAUUGAUAAGUCAAUGGUGCCAACUAUCAAUGAUUUUAGAGGGAGGGAUAAUGAUGAUUUAACAAGUUUUACUGUCCAGAUCCGCCUAAGAUAUUCAGACACAAUGCUUCCCUAACUACCUCCAGAGGUUGUCAGGAACAUGAGAUCACAAUACAUAUUCUAAUCGUAUACACCUGUCUAAAAAGGUGGGCACAAUUUGAAUGUGAACAAGAUCAGGCAAAGGACGCAUGUUAGCACCAGGUAUAAACUGAGCUUAAGUGACCCACCCAUUCAAUUGGAUCACAACUGCUGGAAUAUUAGCAGAAUAUCAUCUCUGCUGAUGAGCCUAUACUCUGAGACUACAGUGUUUUAUGAAUAUUGAAAUUACAGUGUCUAUGUUCAUCUUGCUAAUGUUUCAUUAUGUGAUCUCUCCCCCAGAGCACUGCUAUCUAUGUGAUAUAUAGAAGUCAAAUGUAACCAGACUAGUACCUCUGGUCCAGGGCACUAUGAACCAAGAUGGCGGAGCAGUAAGACGUGUUUGUUUCCUUCCCAUGUUUUUCUUUCUUUUUUUUGUAUACAUGUCAUUAUAUUUCAAUCUCUUUUUUCCAUUUUCGAAUUAAAUAUACCUUCUUGCAAA